AUUCUGCCGCAGCUCGCUCGCCGGUUUUAUCACGUCUACGUCUGCGAAUUGCGCAUAGGCCAUAGCUGCUAGCUGCUACUGCUUUGUGUAUUUUUAGCGCCCAUCUAACUAAAACUAACUUAAUUCUAAAUUAGAGUUAGAGUUAGACAUUAGAAACCAGGCAUUUGGACAUUUUGGUUAUCUAUUCGACUACUAUAUUACUACUAGCUCGUUUAGGGCUAGAUCGGAAUCGUGUUUGGGCAACGUUAUUAGGCUUAAAUGCUUAGCUGUUUUUACUUGAGUCUAGUAGUAGUAGUACCGGGUACUACCGUGAAUUAUAUUCGACGUCAUCAUUUACCGGUAUUUGCUACCUGUUUGGAGCGGAGCGAACCUGCCUGCCUGUCGCGCUAUAGCUUCGUGCUUCCGCCCCUGCCUGCCCGGCCGUUUCAGUUCGAGCUCGAGCCGCUGGCAGACGAGAAGCCGUGCAUGCAGCUGAGCUGAGCUGAGAUUUUGACCUAUAAUUAUAUUUUGUAGAGCCUAGGCUAGAGGUUGUACAUUACGUCUUCAGUCAGGAAUUCUCUAUUAUUUUUAACUUAGAUCUAAGUUAGAGUUCUUGAUUUGUUUUAUUAAUUAAUUAACUACGGUACUUUCUAAUUAGCCACUAGUCUGUAGACUACUGAGUACUGUACUCUGUAGUAACGUUACUAGUCUGUACUGUAGACUGUACUGUUUCAGUUGUGGAUUUUAUUGUUCCAACUUGAGGCACUUGUGUAUGAUUGAAGUUUUUUUGUUCGCGGCUAGCUGGCCCAGAUGAGAUAGAUAUUUAUUGCACAUGUUUGUGGCUGUCAUAGAUAGUUGAUCUAGACGGUCGACCUAUCUUCUCUAUUUUACUUCAAUCACGUAGCCUUUAGGUUUAUGAUAAGUUUAUCAAUUUAGACUAGGGGCCUAUCACAGACUCAGAGUAUAACUAUAAGUCUAAACAUUGCUUUGAUUUGGGGGAAUCAGAAUUGUGCUAUUUAUACUUUAUCUUUUUUUCUUUCAGAUUUUCUGUUGGCUUACAUUACAGUUCAACAGGCUGGAGUCUGGACGAAGCAUGGACGAAACAAGUGGAAGUGCUAACAACAUGGAUAAUGCUGGAUCAGACUCAUCAGAGGCUAGGUCUGAAUAUUGCUGUGGAGAUUGUGGGUGUGUUUAUAGUAAUAGAUCCGGCCUCUUCAAGCACCGUAAGAAUAAGCAUCCACAAGCAGCUGGAACUGGUGCAGUGCGUUGCUUGGAGGCUGGGUGUAGCUAUGCUUCACACUCGCGGAAGAGCCUUCGUGGUCAUCUGUCAUCAGUGCAUCACAUUCCCAUGGAGGAAGCUGAGCUGUCCUUCGACUCAAAGGAGGGGUUCCUCCGUUGGAAGAGACAGUAUGAGCAAACCAACAAGUGCUCUUUUGUGACUGCAAAGGGAGCUACAGAGACUGAACAGGUGAGCAUGCAAACUUUCUAUUGUAAUCGUAGCGGUUUUUUUACUUCCAAGGGAUCUGGCAAGCGUUCUCAGAAAGCGCAGGGCUCUUGUAAAAUCAACGGACAUUGUACAGCUGGCAUUAGUGCUAAAACUUGUUUGAUGACUGGUAGUGUAGGCGUAGUGCUGACCAAGACUCAUUACGGUCAUGGCGAAGACCUCGGUCAUCUUAAGCUGAGUCAGGAAGAGCGUAUUGCUAUAGGUCAAAAACUUGCACAAGGUAUUAGUGUAGACAGGAUCUUAGAUGACAUAAGGAGUUCUUUGUCUUCUAGUCUAGAAAGGCAUCAUCUAGUCACCAAAAAAGAUGUGAAGAACAUUGAGCGGUCUUUAGGUUUGAAUGGAAUCAGUAGGCACAAUAAUGAUGCAACUAGUGUAAGUCUAUGGGUUCAGGAAGUAGGAGCUGAUAGUGAUAGCAAUCCUGUGCUUCUUUACAAAGAACAGGGAGCGCCUUGUCCAGACAGUCUGGAUCUUGGCUUGGAUGAUUUUGCGUUAGGUAUAAUGACACCUGUACAGAGGGACAUGCUGCGCGCUUUUGGUAAUAACAUCAUUUGCAUGGAUGCUACCCAUGGCACCAAUGCGUAUGACUUUUGCUUAGUAACUGUGAUGGUAGUGGAUGAAUUUGGCGAAGGCUUUCCGGUUGCGUGGCUAAUAUCAAACCGAGAGGAUCGCGUUGUAUUGACUGCAUUUUUGGAGAAAGUUAAGGAUAUGGUAGGGUCGCUUCAAGCUAAAUGGAUAAUGACGGAUGACGCGGAGCAAUAUUAUGGUGCAUGGGUAGCCGCGUUUGCGCAUGAGCCAUCUAAACUCCUCUGUACAUGGCAUGUCGAUAGAGCAUGGAGGGGAGCCCUGCGCGCGCACAUUUCUGGGAACGUCGAGCUGCAAUCUACCGUGUAUAAGACUUUGCGAUGCCUGCUAGACGAGACAGAAGUUACAAAGUUUGAAUUGAUGUUGGAUCAAGUAUUGGAUGAUUUGGAUAGUGAUGCUAGAACUUGUCGUUUUGGGCAGUAUUUCAAAAAAGGUUAUGCACAAAGGAAGGAACAGUGGGCUGUUUGUUACAGAAAGGGGGCGCGUAUAAACACCAACAUGUAUGUAGAGGCUUUUCAUCAUUCUCUAAAGUACAUCUAUAUGAAGGGAUUUGCUAAUCGCAGGGUCGAUAAAUGUGUUACUUUGCUCAUGCAAUUCGUUAGGGAUAAGACUUUUGAUAGACUGGUAAAACUGCAAAAGGGGAAAAAAUCUAGACGCAUCAAUGACAUUGAUAGCAGGCAUCGGCAAAGUCUUAAACUCGAUAGUAGUGCUGUGAAAGAGGUAUGCGCAAACAAAUGGGAGGUGAGUUCUUCUGAUGGUAAGCAUGUUUACAUAGUGGAAAAAAAUGUUGCCUGUUGCGUUUCUUGUCCUCUUGCAUGCAAGGAGUGCCAAGUUUGUGUUCAUGAAUUCUCGUGUACAUGCAUAGAUGGGGUUGUAAGAGGAACACUUUGUAAACAUGUUCACUUGGUUUCAAGGACAGUCUACAGCAAUAGACAAGAUGGAGUAGUAGGUAUUAGGAAUGUUGAACAACCUGCAGCGCAGCCUCCUGCUGAAGAACAGAUUAUUCAGGAGUUGGCAUCUAAAAACAAGAACUUGACUGCCAAGACCAAAAUGCAUGUUGCGUCUAAAAUGCAAGAACUGCAAACUUUGCUCGAUGAAGUUAAUGAUGAUGUGCAGUUUGAUGCUGUUUAUAAACACUUAGAGGCAGCAGUACAAUUAGUGAAAGUUUGCAAGCCAGAUCAAGUUCAGCGCUUUCAGGAAAAUGUCUCUAGCGCACCUCAAAGAGUGACACCACAAAGAAAGAAAUUCAAGUCUACUAAAAAAGCUAGGAAGACUCGUCAACCACUUGAAAAGCCAACUUCAGAAGAAAGAGAUAGCAUCGUUCAAAAUUUGGGAGAAGUUGAAGUUGUUGUUCAUCAAGGAAAUGAUCAUGACUAUGUUCCUUCACAAGUUCCUUCAACAGCAAGUGAUACUAUGAAAAGACAUGAUCUAGAAUAUUUGGAACUGUUUGUGAAUGACAGAAUAGUAAGAUCAGUAAAGCGCGGUACUAAGAUAAAAGAAUGCGAAGUUGAAGUAUUGCCUGAAAAUGUUCCAGAUAGUGUGAUAGAUAUUGCUUCAGACCAACUACACAAUUUGCAGCGAUAUUUUGAUGAUGACGCAUGGCUAAUCAUUCUUGAUGUGAUUUCUAGAAAGCGCACAGAAUGGAAAUGUAGUUUAUGUACAACAACAAAGACUUCUCUCAACAUGAUUGAAUGCGAAUUAUGCAAGCGCUGGUUUCAUUGGAAAUGCUGCAAUAUUAAGAAAAAUCCAAGGCAAAUGUGGUGCUGCAAUUUUUGCACAAAGAAAUGACCUCUUUCACAGCACAUUUUUUACUUAUUUUUUGUGUUCAGUAGAAUAGUGUUCAGUAGAAUAGAUAUAGUUAGUUUUAGAAUAGUUUCCUGCUUGAUGGUUGUAGGAGGAAACCAUAAGUCUCCUUCAGUCCUUUACCCCUGUCCCAUUUUCUUGAGGCUCUUAUGAGCAGCUUGUCCCCCUUUUGACUUGAUUGGAGCAGGGAGUACACUGACCAUCAAUGCAUCAAUGACCAUAUAACCGGAUUUGACACUUAUUUGACUUUAAUAGUUGGUAUGUGAAACUAGGUUUCAACUAGCAGUAGCUCCAACUAAGUAUUUGCAUGUGCGGGAAAUCGUAAGUCUCUAUUAGUGUUUCUAACUUUAAAGGAGGCAGUGAGUUUUCUUAAGAGAAGCCUCAUUCUUAGUGAAUUACUUGGAGCAGAAAGUACCCACAACUACGCUUAUUUUGGGGGUGUUCUAUUUGACUCGAUAGUUAAAUGGGGCCACAAAUUUACAGAAUUUGACACAAUGCAGGAUCUGACAUUUGUUCUUAGUUGGUGUGUUUACUUUCUCUAUUGCCAUGUAGAAAAAGGAAAUCCCCUACUAAGAACUUGCCUACUGCGGGAAAUUGUAAGUCUCUGCCUGUCUUAUAAUAAGUACAGGAGAAGAGCAGAAAGUACCCACAACUCUAAACAAUGCUGUACCUGGUUGAUGCGGGAAAUUAUAAGACUCAAACAGCCCUUCUUCCCCACUUUUGAGGCUGUUCUCAGUUCAGUCUCAUCUUCAAAUUUAGGCUGGAUAAGAGCAAAGAGUACCCCAACCAGGUACAUGGUGCUUAGAUGCAGUUUUUAUAUGGGAGAAUUGGAUCUCCACUUACCUUUUAUCCCCUGUUACACAACAAGACAAGGUGCUGCGAUGGGUGACAGCCCCUUGUCUAACGGGGAAAUGAUUGAAGCUUGCAAUGAAUUUUCAUUGGUUAUUCUUUGUUGCAAGGUGCUGCGAUGGGUGACAGCCCCUUGUCUAACGGGGAAAUGAUUGAAGCUUGCAAUGAAUUUUCAUUGGUUAUUCUUUGUUGCAAGGUGCUGCGAUGGGUGACAGCCCCUUGUCUAACGGGGAAAUGAUUGAAGCUUGCAAUGAAUUUUCAUUGGUUAUUCUUUGUUGCAAGGUGCUGCGAUGGGUGACAGCCCCUUGUCUAACGGGGAAAUGAUUGAAGCUUGCAAUGAAUUUUCAUUGGUUAUUCUUUGUUGCAAGGUGCUGCGAUGGGUGACAGCCCCUUGUCUAACAGGGAAUUAAUUGAUGCUUGCAGUGAUGUGACUGUGAGUAAUGUUUGUAGGUUUUGGGAACUUUGUGAUGGUAAUGCUUACUGUCGAUAUGAAUUAUAUAUCUCUAUUUAUCUCUUUAUAGAUAUCUCUAUAUCUCUCCAAAAUAAGCAUUGGUCACAGGCUAAAAAGGUCUGUGAAUGGAUGUUUGGGUUGCUUGCACAUAACAUAACAUGAAAGAUAAUAGUUCGAUUACUUCUUGUUUUGAUUGACUCUGUGCAUGUCAAUUAGCAGGAAGCUAAUUUGCAAAGCUUGAUAAGUUUACAGUAGAAGUGAAUUGAACUAUUAUGUAUGUUGAGACUGUUCAAAAGGAAAUCCAAUGCUAAUCCCCCUUUUGUUGAAAGUUAAGGAUAUUCACUCUCUUGUUGAUGAGACGCUUUAAUGAUCUUAAUAUAAAAUCAAUAUUAAGUGAAAAGGAUUUAACACAAUGUCAUCAACAUUGUGCUAGUGUAUUGCAUAUAAAAAUCAUGCUUUAUCAGGGACCCUUCAAUUAUAUAUUUAUUAGAAAGAAAUUAAUUUUUCAGUGUCAAGUUAAAGAUGCAUAUUUCAAGAUGGACCCUCUGGUUUAUACCUGCCUUUUAUAUCUAAAAAUGUAUUCUAUCAGAAUUCCGGUAGAUAUGUUGAUUUUUUUUUUCAUUUAUAUUUUUAU